GCGCUGUAGUACGACGCUGCUGUUUUCCUGUUAUUGCGAUUGUCGAGAGACGUAUUAACGGUAAAUCGUAAAUGUGGAUCGUGGCGUCCGAAUUCUGAAGAAAGGGUGCAUUUAAUAUUUACAGCGCAACGUACAUAAGUACACAUGUAGGUACAUACGUACAUGCUGUCUGUAAUCUUCCGUUAAGACUAUCUGAAAGAGCAUUCAAAACGGACGGAGGUGCAGACAGAAUAGGCGACUAGGUUAUGUUAUAGCUUCACGAGCGUUCAGUCACCAAGCCAACAGGUACAAUUAGUGGUCCAGGAAUGUUAAAAUCAAACAAGUAAAACAGAAAGUUUUAUACAUUACACGCUAUUAAAAAAAAGUAGGCGCAAAUAGCAAAAAUGGCACAGUGGAUAGGCUACAGUGUUUCAAUUACAAGCACAUACAACACUUAUCAAGGAGAAAUUGUGAGUGCCACCAAUUCACAUAUCACACUGACAAAGGCAUUUUGUGAUGGAGUGCCUGCAUCUACACCAAGCAUUACAAUAUUGGCAUCUGAAAUAACAGAUUUAAAAUUAAUCAACAAGGUAGAAACAGCUCCAGCCAAAAAUGUUUGCUCAACUGUCUUGAUAACAAAGCCAACAGUCAAAAGAGCAGGAAGAACACAGAGUGGAUCUGAGACCAAAGUGCAGAAUGGCCACAGCAGUACACCAGUGGUAAAUAAGACUAAACCAGUUGAGAUUCCACAGUCUAGCCAACAAUCACAUUUGGCUGACAGUUUGCCUGAAGCAGGCAGCUAUAAAAAUUCAAAUGCUACACCAACCAACCUCAGCAAAAAGGACAAAAACAAACAAAAACAAUACAGUAGAGGUUGGAGGGAUGAAGCUUGCUUUGGUUCACCAUUGGAUUCCAGUUUAACAAAAGAUUUUGACUUUGAAAAGAAUCUGGCCCUCUUUGACAAACAGGCUGUGUUUGAGGAGAUUAAUUCUCACAGGCCUGAUCUAGUUAAGCAUGGAGAUCAAAGAAAACCAACCAAGUUCAGGCAUGAUGAAAAUAUAAUAGCAAGCUUACCAACGACACUCAGACAAAUUAUUGUUCCUACCGAUGUUUACGAGUAUGUCACUGAUGAUGGUUUGGUCAUCCCGACGAUCUCACGCGCUCUGCGGAAACGCCUCUGGGUAACUGCCGAACAGGUAGGCCUAACGUGGGAACGACGCAUAGAACUAAUGGGCCGCGCGGCCACUGAAAUGGCCGUACAGUUAUUGGGUGGUGCACACCGCCUUAAUCCGCAGAAUACGCACCAGUGGCCCACCGUGGCGUUUCUCGUUGGACCUACUAAACAAGGUGCAGUGGGAAUCAAUGCUGCGCGGCAUCUCGCCAGCCAAGGUGUAAAAACCAUCGUGUAUUCCAUCCCCAACGAGACAGAAAUCAACCAAAAAGAGUUAUACCUCUAUAAGUUGACUCAAAAUAGAUCCUAUAUUGGUUUAAGUCAAGUUCCUCAGAAUGUGGACCUCGUUAUUGUUUCUCUAUGUGAAGAUGGCGAGAAUGUGAAACUUUUCUCGAACGUCUCGACGUGGAUAAGUGGUGUGAAGGCACCUAUUCUGGCAUUGGAUCCUCCCGCUGUUGGAACACCUGGACUCAACGCCAAAUUCUCUCUUGUGCCCGUCCUACCGUUGGCGCACUCGCCCAACAACGGUAAGAUUUACUUAUGUAAUCUUGGCUUCCCGGCAGAGAUCUUUUCACGAGUUAACAUCAAAUACAAGUCGCCGUUCGGACCGAAAUUUGUUAUUCCGCUCCAUCCGAAUGAGUCUUGAGCAUUCUAAGCUGUAGGUGUGCAAUUAGUACCUGAGCAUUUAUUUUAUACAAGUGAUUAAUAUUUAAGAGCAGCUUGUAAUUGUAUGUGUCAUUAAGACAAACACUAUGGCCACAAAUAACAAAGUUCAUUGUUGUUUCUCUCGAUUGCAUUCUUUCCGACUGUCUCAAUAAUAAAUAUUUUAAGCACUGAAAA